AUGGCCAGCAUCCUCCGCGCAGCCUCCUUCGCCGUCGUCUCCUGGAGCGCCAACAGACUCGACAUCUUCAGUCUCGGCCCCACCAACAACCUGCUGCACAACUUCUGGAACGGAACCUCAUGGCAACCCGCCUGGGAAGACCACGGAGGCAUUUUCAGCAGCAGCCUAUCAGCGAUAUCCUGGGGUACAGGUCGACUCGAUAUCUUCGGUCGCGGCACGGACUUGGCAGCAUGGCAUAAGGCAUUUGACGGCGGGGAUUUGGGAUGGCAGCAUGGCAUGGACUCGAUUGGUGGUACGUUUGCGAGUGAGUUAGUCCCGAUAUCGUGGGCGUCUGAUCGAUUAGAUGUCUUUGGGGUUGGGACGGACUCGGCGAUGUAUCAUAAUUCUUGGAAUGGGGAUAUGUGGGAGUCUUCCUGGGGUUCGCUGGGUGGUGUAUUUACCAGUGCUCCGGCGGCUGUGGCAUGGGGACCUAAUCGCCUUGACGUGUUUGGUUUGGGCACGGACCAGGCAAUGUAUCAUCAAUCCUGGAACGGCCAGUCAUGGCAAAGUGAAUGGGAACGACAUGGUGGAGUCUUCACCAGCGCACCCGCUGUCGUGUCCCGGGGUGUGAAUCGGCUUAGUGUGUUUGGGAUAGGAACCGAUAAUUCCAUGUAUCACGAACACUGGGACGGAUCACGAUGGUCGACUGCAUGGGAAAACCUUGGAGGGACUUUCAAAUCCGAUCAUGCUCCAGCGGUUGUUUCUUGGGGCUUCAACAGGGUAGAUGUCUUUGGAAUUGGUGCUGACAACGCGGUCUAUCACAAAGCGUGGGACGGAUCAUGGGCCGCUAGCUGGGAGUCUCUGGGAGGUAGCUUUUCUGAUGUGCGUGUCGUGUCGUGGGGACUGAAUCGUCUUGAUGUUUUCGGGCUUGCAGCUGGCAGUAUUCAACAUAGGGUAUGGGAUGGUUUGGCCUGGCAGAGAGAAUGGGAUGAUCUUGGAGGCGCUGAGUCUUCUGAUUCUCAAUCGCAGUCUCGAUCUCGAUCUCAAAGCAGCUCCUCGAGGCCAGUGGCGAGUUCUGUACCUUCAUCCAACGAUGUCAGUGUUGCUGCCACUGCAGUGACUCAGAGUACUGGACUGUCAAAUCCGGCCACGAGUACCGGUGGCUCAACACAGAGUGCCUCAACACCAAGUCAGACGGGCAAUGAUGCGGAUACUCGUGGUGCACCACACUUCCUUACCGCGAUAGCAUUUGGUCUCUGUGGAUGGAUAGGCAGUAUUGUAUUUGCCUGA